AUGGUGAAUCGAAAAUUAGAGAGACUAAUGAACUUUUAUCCUACGGAACACAACCAUGAUAUAAAAUCUUCAAGGGUUGCACUUGAAACGGACAAUUUUAUGCCUCUAAUUCUGGCUGUGAAAACUGAGAAUUACCAUCAAAGCUUAGAGUCUUUUACUGGAUCAGUUAUCAUUUUCAAUACUCAAAAUGUAGAUAAGGAAAUGAUAGUGUCCAAAAGAAGCUCUUACCAAGUAAUUCUUGUGUUGGAGAAAAGGGGAAUUCGAGUUGUUGAAUGUGAUUUAGAUUUACCAGUGGAUAUUAUAUUAAGUUCAGCAGUUUGUUUGGCAUGGUAUGAUAGUACAACCCUUUGCAAAAAAGCAACUUCCGCGACUGAGGAAUCUUCAAGUUUGACUUUAUGUAUCGAUAAUAUUGCAACCGAUGUUCUGCCAUUCCUUGGUUUUUACUUCUGUGGAUGCUUUCUGGUGUUUGAAGUGGAAUUUAACUUUCUUUCAACUAUUAUGGAGUACUCGGAUGGACUUUAUGCAGCAACCGACAAAGCCCCAAAAAUAUGA